GAUUCAACGUAGUGGUGUAAAUAAUAAAACGCGGUGAAAUCGUGUGAAGUGUUAUGUCAUAGAAUUUGAAAGAAAUCUAUAAAAACAAAAACACAUUGCAAGGAAAUAGUAGGUUUGAAUGUUUAUAUUUUAACAAGAUUUUCAAAAUACUUGUUGUAGCGGACGGAUAAAACUAACUCAUACGUCAAAUUAUUUGAAAGAAAGAAAGUGAAAUGUUAGACGACGUCGUAUAAUUCAAGGUGUUCGUAAUACGCAAACUCUACUGUUUAAAUUAUCGAUUUGUAAGCUUGAAUCUUUGCUUCAAAUACAAACUAAAUAUCGUGUAACAAGAAUUACUUUGUAUCGCGAAAAAAGAAAUGAAUUUCGUUGGUAAAUAACAAAUGACAAAUGAAAUUCAACGGAAAAUUAUGAGUGUGAAAAGCAGACAUCACCAAGUGCAUUUUAUUCUGGGACACGCCGUUUUUUGACGCAAAUACGUACGUCGUGACAUUUUGAGGUUGUUAAAGUUCUACAUACUCUUCAUACUGAUUUAGUUGAUGUUAAGAAUAAAAAAAAAUGAAUGGAUUCAGUACCGGUGAAGAAGAUUCCAGAGGAGCUGCUGAUCAAAUUUGUUGCCUUGUAGAUGAGGGUGAACGAUGCACUCGGCCAGCUGGCAACGCUUCUUACAGCAAACGUAUUCAAAAAACUGUAACUCAGCGGCGAUUAAAACUUAAUCUCGAUCAAGUGGCGCGUCAUAUAUACAUUUGUGAUUAUCAUAAACAAGUAAUACAAUGUGCAAGAUCUAAACAACAGCAACAGCGCAGACGUAAGGAUUCAGAAGAAGAUUCGGGUGAAACAGAUAAUGAUCUUCCAGAGGUUGAUCUUUUUCAAUUACAAGUUGGUACAUUAAGGCGAUACAAAAGGCACUAUAAAGUUUCUACGCGUCCAGGCUUAAACAAAGCUCAGUUAGCUGAUACUCUUAUGAAGCAUUUCAAAACCAUCCCUGUAGUUGAAAAAGAAGCAUUAAGUUUUUUCAUUUAUACAGUAAAAACUAAUGCAAAUAAAUUGGAUCAAAAAAAUGGUUUAAGUAAUGAUACCACAUAACCUAGACUUUACUUCACAAAUUUUGUUACUGUAAUAAUAUUUUACUAGUGAGAUCAAAAGUAUAUGUAUGAAUUUUUACUUGUUAAUAGGCAUAGGUAUUUUAUAAAAUCUAUGUAUACAA